UUUAGCCGUUAACGACACACGAAGCAGGUGCCGAUCCACCGCCGUGGCGCCGUCCUUCAAGUCGACCGAGCCUGGUCGUAGAUCCGGUGGCCUGCCCCUUCCUGCCGCGGCCUCCAUUGUCGAUUUCCUCCUCGUCUCGUCCGCCUCCGCCCCGAAACCCAGUCAGCUCAUCCAAUUCAUUCGCAGAUCAACGCACAGCCGCUUCCUCCCAGAUCUCCCCCGCCGCCAUGCCGCCGGCGAAUGACCCGCCCGCGGCGCUGCCCCUCACCCUCGACCUCGAGGACUUCAAGGGGGACUUCUCCUUCGACGCGCUGUUCGGGAGCCUGGUGGACGAGCUGCUGCCGGAGUUCCGCGGGGACGACGCCGCGGGGGUGCCCCCGCCCCCGCCGCCCCUGCUCGGGGCCGCGCCGCCCGUCUUCCCGGCCGUCGACGAGCUGCUCGGGCUCUUCAAGCACUCCUGCAAGGAGCUCGUCGAUCUCCGUCGCCAGAUUGAUAAGAGGCUCCAGAAUCUGAAGAAGGAGGUCGCCACACAGGACGCCAAACACCGCAAGACGCUUGGGGAGCUCGAGAAAGGUGUGGACGGUUUAUUUGAUAGCUUUGCUAGGUUGGAUUCCCGAAUCUCCAGUGUCGGGCAAACUGCUGCCAAAAUUGGUGACCAUCUGCAGAGUGCAGAGUCUCAGAGGGAAACCGCCAGUCAGACGAUUGAGCUCAUCAAGUAUCUGAUGGAGUUCAACAGCACACCUGGGGACCUUAUGGAACUUUCUCCUUUAUUUUCUGAUGAUAGCCGUGUUGCUGAGGCUGCUUCAAUUGCACAGAAAUUGCGAUCAUUUGCCGAGGAGGAUGUUGGAAGGCAUGGUGUAGCAUUAGCAGUAGGUUCUGCUAAUGCAAGCCGUGGUUUGGAGGUCGCAGUUGCAAAUCUUCAAGAAUAUUGUAAUGAACUGGAGAAUAGAUUGUUAUCUCGGUUUGAUGCUGCAUCACAGAGACGGGAGUUGUCUACAAUGGCAGAAUGUGCGAAAAUUUUGUCGCAGUUCAAUCGGGGAACCAGUGCCAUGCAACACUAUGUUGCAACACGACCAAUGUUCAUUGAUGUGGAGAUUAUGAACACUGAUAUUCAAGUUGUUCUUGGUGAUGAGGGUCCACAAGCUGAUUCAAGUUAUAUUGCAGAGGGUCUCUCUAUGCUGUACAAGGAAAUUGCUGAUACUGUAAGGAAAGAGGCAACUACAAUAAUGGCUGUCUUUCCUUCUCCAAACGAGGUCAUGUCUAUUCUUGUGCAGCGAGUGUUAGAACAAAGGGUCACAACAAUUCUUGAUAGACUUCUGAUAAGGCCCUCUCUUGCUAGCUUGCCUCCUAUUGAAGAAGGUGGCCUUUUACAUUAUCUAAGAGUGCUGGCAGUAGCAUACGACAAGACAAAAGAACUUGCCAAGGAGUUGCAGUCCAUUGGUUGUGGGGAUUUGGAUAUUGAAGGUCUCACUGAAUCCAUAUAUGUUUCCCACAAAGAUGAGUACACGGAAUUUGAGCAAGCAUCACUCAGACAGUUAUAUCAAGCAAAGAUGGCUGAAUUGAGAGCUGAUGCCAAGCAGCAAUCUGAAUCGACUGGCUCAAUUGGACGUGCAAAGGGAACAUCUUUGACCACCUCACCACAGCAGCAGUUAUCAGUUACUGUAGUGACUGAAUAUGUUCGCUGGAAUGAGGAAGCAAUAUCGAGAUGCACACUGUUGUUUUCCCAGCCUACCACUGUGGCAGCUAAUGUAAGAUCCAUAUUUGCAUGCUUGCUUGAUCAAGUAAGCCAAUAUUUAACUGAAGGGCUUGACCGUGCUAGAGAGAGUCUAAAUGAGGCUGCAGCUCAGCGGGAUAGAUUUGUCAUUGGGACAAGUGUUAGUAGAAGGGUUGCGGCGGCUGCUGCUUCUGCUGCAGAGGCAGCAGCAGCUGCUGGUGAGAGUAGCUUUAGAUCCUUCAUGAUCGCCGUGCAGCGUUGUGCCAGUAGUGUAGCUAUUCUUCAGCAGUUCUUCUCAAAUACCAUAUCACGUCUCCUGCUGCCUGUUGAUGGUGCUCAUCCAUCUGCUUGUGAAGAUAUGGGAUCCGCAGUAUCUGUUGUUGAGGCUGCUGCUCACAAAGGACUGUUACAAUGUAUUGAUACCGUCAUGUGUGAGGUUGAAAGAUUGUUGUCUUCAGAACAGAAGGCUACAGAUUAUCGGUCGCCAGAUGAUGGAGCUGCACCAGAUCAUCGGCCAACAAAUGCUUGCAUAAGAAUUGUAGCAUACCUCUCUCGUGUUCUUGAGGUUGCAUUCAGUGCCCUAGAAGGUCUCAACAAACAGUCCUUUUUGACUGAACUGGGAAACCGCUUGCACAAGGGUCUACUUACUCAUUGGCAAAAGUUCACAUUUAGUCCCAGUGGUGGCCUACGGUUGAAACGUGACAUUACUGAAUAUGGCGAAUUUGUUCGUAGCUUCAGUGCCCCCUCCAUAGAUGAGAAAUUUGAACUGCUUGGAAUCGUGGCAAAUGUCUUCAUUGUUGCUCCUGAAAGUCUAGCAUCCUUGUUUGAAGGAACCCCCAGCAUCCGGAAGGAUGCCUUACGGUUCAUUCAACUCAGAGAUGAUUACAAGACGGCAAAAAUCGCCUCAAUGCUUAACAAUAUCAUGUCUGAAUAAAUGUGACACUUGAAGAAGCAUGAUGUUUGAGCAGCAGAUGCGCUUUUCUGCUGCAAGCAAGUGGUGCAAUGCUACGAAAUGCUUCAGGAUCCUCCCAAAUGAUUUUGUCCAUCAACUUCAGCUUGUAUAGCAGAACUUUUAGUAUUAUGUUAAUUCUUUGGGUUCCCUUUGUUCAUUUCUUUCUUUCCUUCUGGUUUGCUGAAUUGAGUUGUACAUGUGGUAUGGUUCUAUGAACUCAUUGUAGUCAACCGAAUAUCUACUACAGUAGCAUUAGUUAAUUUCCAAAAUUGUAUGCUUUUUGCGAAAUAGCAUUUGUGAGGAGGUAUAUUAGUGCUGUCAUCGAAGCUCCAAUAUAUCCUUUAUUGUCGAAGUUCCAGCAUUUAAGAAAACUGGAAGAACGAAAAAGGAUCAGAUCUAUUGAGACAUCUCUAAAACA